AGAUGGAACGCGCUUGCGCACACGAAGCGAUCACGCUGCUGCACGCACGCAUACUUCCAAAGAGGGGCCUCUCUCUCUCUCGUCUGUGUGUAGCUGCUUACGCACCAAGUAAGUGAUGCGCGCCGAGCGCGAGAAUGCGUGCCAUGCACUUAGAAUUCACGAUCACAACCACAAUGGAGCCCCGACCGAUGAGGGUGAUCGCGCAUCCGAAGUUGAAGUUUCGCAGCAGCACGGCUUCUGUUCGCUCCUCUUCCUGUCAUCGUCAUCGUCACGCACGAAGAAACACUUGCAAGCAUCUACCAAAGAUUGCUGCUCAGCAAUGUUGCCCUGCGACUAGAGGCACAAGGAAGUCAAUCACAGAGCAGGGUCCCACUCAUCUUCUUGCGCGAUCCGCCACAUUGCAGCAUAGCAUCCGAGCCGGCUGCUUGAAGCGCCAAGCGGGCUGCCCAAGAUGAGCGCUACCACCCCGAUCACAAUGACAUUGCCAGCCGCUUCAUCAGCGCUGCCGAGCGCGAGCUCCCUUGAUGCUCCAGGCUCAACAUCUUCAGCCUCAGCAGCCAUGUCAUCGCUCUCCGCAGCCAUGGCCUCAGCUUCCAAAGCUCUAUCGAGCGAAUCCGCAAUAGCCAGCGGAAGCGGCUCCAACCCUCCAGCUUUCCAAUACGUGGGAAUCGCACUCGCUGUAGGAUCUGGACUGUUCAUCGGAUCUAGCUUUGUGCUCAAGAAGAAGGGCCUCUUGGCCAGUCAAAAGUUGCAUGGCCAGAAAGCGGGAGAGGGGCAUGCGUACCUCAAGAGCUGGAUGUGGUGGAGCGGCAUGAUCCUCAUGAUCCUGGGAGAAAUUCUGAAUGUCGUAGCGUACGCUGUGUCUUCGGCCGUAUUGGUCACGCCGCUUGGAGCCCUUUCCGUCGUCAUUUGUGCCAUUCUAUCCUCCAUCUUUCUCAAGGAGAAGCUCACUUUAUUUGGAAAGCUGGGUGCUGCACUAUGCAUCGUCGGGUCGACAGUCAUCGCUAUCAAUGCACCCUCGUCGCAUCAGGCCGGAGACAUCAAGAGCUUCAUGCAUCUAUUUAUCGCUCCUGGCUUUCUGAGCUGGAUGGGUGUAUGCAUUGUUGGCAGCUUGAUUCUCAUCUUUUGGGCGACUCCUCGAUACGGCAAGAAGCAGAUGCUCAUCCCCAUCACCAUCUGUUCCUUGAUAGGUGGACUAAGUGUCAGCACCAUCAGCGGCAUUGGAAGCGCAGUGAUCCUCACCAUCAGAGGGAGCAUGCAGCUCACACAUUGGUUCUUCUACGUUUUGCUCGUAUUCGUGAUCGUUACGCUUCUCAUAGAGAUCAACUAUCUCAACAAAGCUUUGGAGCUCUUCAACACCGCCAUGGUCACUCCCACUUACUACGUCAUCUUCACCUUCUGCACUCUGGUCACCAGCAUCGUGCUCUACCAAGGUCUAGAUGCAGACGCGAUUGCCAUUGUCACAAUCGUGCUGGGGUUCUUGACGAUCUGUGCAGGCAUCUCCCUGCUGCAGCUCAGCAAGAUCGACCCUGAAGAUCUCACAAACAAGGAUGGCACACCUCUGGAUAGAGAAACGACACUUCUCAUUCGAGCCUCGAGGUCUAUGGUCUCGCGGCAUGGGGGCGAGAAGGGCUCGCAAUUUGGCACGCAGGGACUAGAUGACCCUGGCGUGGAUGCAGUGCGAGGUGGUAUGGGCGUGGUGGGCAGUCUCAUCAGAGCACGAUCUGCGAGAAAGCUGCAUGCUUCCGCAGACGCCUACGCGGAUGAGGACGGCAUGCUGAAUACGUCUUCCAGGCGCGAUCUGGAGAGGUACGAGCUUCACGAUGCGCCAGUGCGCCGAGGCACGAAUCAAGCACCCGGACACUACACUAUGCCAGCGCUAGGCAUGCCUGCGAAGCGUGAUACUGCAAUCAGCUUUGCAGAAGGCUCCGAAAAUCCCCAUGGCCAUCACGCGGGUGAUGCGCCGCUGCGCAGCGUUUCCAGAGCAUCGAACAUUAGCAACAGCACCAGCAAUGCACCGCAACGAAGCAUCUACAAGACGGAACCCGCAUCCUUCUUGAGCCCUUUGAGUCCGAGAGCAGGAUCAACUCCGGUCCGUGGCGACUCUAUAGAAGAGGUCAACGAAAACGAGAAGCCCGCAAGCCCAAGCAUCCGGUCUGUAGGUGGUCCCAGACCACUGCCGGACUCGCUUAGGCAGCAAGGAUCUCUCUCGCGCUCCACAGCUGCACCUGAUCUGAGAACCAUGUGGGACGCCCCGAUGCCGGGUCUCACGCCGUCCGAGAAGUCCAUUGCGGAGCUAUCAUUGGACGCGACGCAAGACUCUGCUGGUGGCAUCAGUAGUUCCCCGAGCAGCACCAGGGAGAGGACGGACAAGGUGUUUCCGGGCGCCACUUCGGGAUCUUUCAGAGCGAGGAACAAGGAAGCUGUGGAAGGCGAGGAGGAGGAGGAGCUCCUCAAUCCUCGAGGGAAAGUGGAGGAUUCGGAUGAUGAGGAGGAGCGAAGAAAAGGACGGCUAGCGAGAAAACACUUUUGACCCUCGCACACCUACUGAAGUCUCUUGUUCGGCGUCCCCUGUUCAAAAGUUAGCUGUUCUCAUAAUUCGCUUUGACGCCUGAGUUUCCGACUUGAGGCUCACACCUGCUUUCUUCAUCUCGUCGUCUCUCAUGCCUCAUCGCUCCACGUCACGGACAUUUUUGCAAUUUGUAUGGACACGCGUGCUUUGCUUCCACGUUCUCGACCGAUUAUUACACAUGCAAGACGCUUCUCAGACGAAAGUUUUUGGACGACGCUGAUGUGCGUGGGAAUGAUCAUCGUAAGAGGCAGAUGCGCUGGCUGUGAUCGCGCUUGCCGACCCUUUCUGCAGCUACUAAAAGCCAGCGCUCGACCUGAUGCUUGAAGUGCGAAGUUCAGCCGUGUCACCUGCCCGGCGCGUGCUAUCCGCAUGCCGUGUUCGACGAGGAUGAAGGAUACGUCUCCUCACGUCCUUCACA